AAUGUCAGAAUCAGAAAAUGAAGAGUCAAAACAGCAGCAACAGAAAAAGGCUCCUUUAUUAACCGGUCAACUUGGAAAAAGUUUAGUUGAUAAAUGUAGAAAACAAUUAGAAGAAAUGACUUCCCCAUUACCUAGCAGUGGAAGAAAACCUCCAGGAAGUGCUAGGGGGGAAGGGGAAAAAGAAAAAAAAUUUCUCGGAAUGCUUUCCUACAAAAUUGACUACGAUUUUGAUAAAUCUAUUUUAAAUGUAACUGUUUUGAGCGCUGAAAAUUUGCCUGCAAUGGAUUUGGGGGGAACUAGUGAUCCUUAUGUUAAACUUUAUUUACUUCCUGACAAGAAGAAAAAAUUUCAAACAAAAGUUCAAAGGAAAUCAUUAAAUCCAGUACCUUAUAAUGAAAUAAAUAGUCAAACACUUGUAAUGAAUGUUUUUGAUUUUGACCGUUUUGGAAAGCACGACCAAAUAGGGCAAGUUAGUGUCCCUCUUGGGAAAGUUGAUUUGGCAACUACAAUUGAGAAAACUGUGGCUAUUGAAGCAUCUCCUGAAAAUAGAUUAGGAGAAGUUUGUCUUGCAUUACGUUAUGUUCCAAAUAAAAAUAAAUUAACUGUGGUUGUUAUGGAAUGUAAAAAUCUUAAAAAAAUGGAUGUUCUCGGCCUUUCCGAUCCUUAUGUCAAAAUUUAUUUAAUGGCACAAAAUAAACGACUUGAAAAGAAAAAGACAACAAUAAAAAUGAAAACAUUAAAUCCAUAUUAUAACGAAUCCUUCUCUUACGAAGUUAGCCCAGAAAAAUUGCAAAGGGUACAUUUACAUAUUAUUGUCUCAGAUUACGAUAGAGUUGGGUCUAAUGAGAGAAUAGGGCAUGUAAUAAUUGGAAAUAAUGCUUCUGGGGUUGGGUUAAAACAUUGGCAUGAUAUGAUAGCAACACCUAGGAGAAGUGUAGCAGCUUGGCAUGCACUUCAACCUGAUGCUGAUUAA